AUGAAUUUAAUUAAUCUCUCAAAGAGAUUUAAUAAAAUCUCAUUAUUAAAUAAUAAUAAUAAUAAUUUAAAUAAAAUUUCAUGUAGAUUAAUAACUACAUCCACAAAUACACCAAUAUCCAUAAAUAAACUUAAUUUAAAUAAAUCCAUAUUAAAUACUAUUAAUACAGAGAGUAUUCAUAACAUAAGCUAUUUAGAUUCAGAUUUAAAUAAAAACUAUUAUUCAACAUCAGUAUCAAGAAAAUUUAAAAAUUUAAAUCGAGAUAAAAAAAAAAAAGAAAAAAAAGAUUUUAAUAAAUUUGGGUUCAGUAAAGAAAUUUUAGAUUCAAUUAAAGAAAAAGAAUGGGAAAAACCAACACCAGUUCAGUCUGAAGUUAUACCAUUAAUAUUUAAAGGUAGAAAUAUUUUAUUCUCUUCUGUCACUGGUAGUGGUAAAACUGCUGCUUAUGCCUUGCCCUUCAUUCAAAUUUUAUCAACAUUCAAAAGAAACAAAUUAGAAUAUUUAAAAAACAAUGAAUUUAAUGAAAAUUAUCAACUCUUCAAUAAAGAAGACGAAAAUGAUGGUGAAUUUAAGAUGAAACAAAAAGAAUCUGAAGAAGAGUACGAAGAAUAUGAGGAUAAUGAGGAGUAUGAAGAGGAAGAGGUUCAAUCUGAAGAAGAAUAUGAAAUCGAAGAAAUUAAUGAAAGUGAAAUUGAAGGUUUGGAAGAGUUUAAAGAAAAUGAAAAUAAACCAUCAACCAAUGAAAACGAUGAAUAUUUCCAAGAAGAGGAAGAGGAGGAAGAGGAAGAAGAGUUUGAAGUUGAAGAUUUUGAUGAAAAUGGAAAUUUAAUUAAAAAAUCAGAAGAAGAAAUCAAUAAUAUUGAAAGAUUGAAAAGAUUAAAAAAUAGAAACCAAAAGAAGCCAUUUAAUGAAGUUGAUCCAAUUGGUAUCAUUUUAUUACCAAGCAAAGAAUUAGCACUUCAAGUCUCAAAAGAAAUCAGCGAUCUUGUUAAAAAUGUUCAAUUCGGAAAAGAGAUAUCAUCCAUAGGAAAUCUUAGAGUAUUAACAUUAAUUGGUGGUGUUGGUGAAAAGAAACAAAUCGAAACAUUAAAGAGUGGUGUCGAUAUUAUUGUCGGUACCCCAGGUAGAUUAGUCCAAUUAAUUAAUCAAGAAGUCGUUUCAUUACAACAAGUUAGAAUGACAGUGGUAGAUGAGUUUGAUAAAUUAUUCAAUUUAGGUUUCUUCCCAGAUAUUAGAGAUAUAUUUGAUUUCUUACCAAAAGUUAGAUCAAGAAGCAGACCAUUCACAAUGCAAACAGUUUUAACAUCAGCAACACUUAAUCACAAAUUAGAUGAACUCAUAACUCGUUUCGCUCCAAACCACUUAAUGGUAGAUUUAAAUAAAGAUCUCUCUGCACCAACCACCGUUAAGCAAUUUUUCUAUCAUGUUAACUACCGUUUGAAAUCACAUUUACUCCUCUAUUUCCUCAGAAGAAAGGGUAAAACUUCAUUAAAGAACAGAAAGGUAUUGGUAUUUGCAAGAACUCAACAACGUGUAGAGAAAUUAACAGCAAUGCUAAAAGAAUAUAAAAUCAAUGCAUUAUCCAUCCAUGCAGACUAUUCAAUCACACAAAGAAAUAAAAUUUUAGAAAUGUUUAGAGAUGAAGAAAGUGGUUAUAAUAUAUUAAUAUCAACUGAUGUUAUGGCCCGUGGUGUUGAUAUCGAUACCUUAGAAGCCGUUGUAAAUUUAGAUGUUCCACACGUCUCUGAAGAUUAUCUUCACAGAGUCGGUCGUGUCGGUAGAAAUGGAAGAGAAGGUUUUUCAUUAACAUUUGUUUCACCGGUAAAACAAAUUUUCAAAAUAGGUGAACGUACUGUAGGUUUGGAUGAAUCACAUUUAAUUGAUAAUAUAGAAAGAUCAACUGGUAUAACAAGUAAAUUCACUAAAAUUCCAGGUCCAUGGGUAGAAAAUAGAAAACAAUUAUCAAAAUUAAACAACAGUACCAAUCAAAGCUUUAGCAAUAACAAAAAUAAACCAACUAAAAAUAAUAAAUAUAAUGAUGAUAACGAUUACGAUGAUGAUGAUGAAGAUUAUCAAGAUUAUCAAGAUAAAAAACCAAAAACUCAAUUACCAUUAGAUAAAGAAACCAAAUAUCAUAGUAAACAAGAGAAAAGAGCAGUUGCCGAAAUUUUAUUAAAAAAGAAUAUCAUUGAAACUUAUAAAGGUCCCCAAACAAGAGACGGUUUACCACGUGUCAAAUUUAAUCCAAAUGCCAAAAUUAGAGAUAAAAAAAUUUCAAAAAUCGUUAUCGAUAGAAAAGGUGAAAUUUUCGAUUUACCACAGUUGACCGAUUUCAAAGAGGGUCAAUAUCACGAAGUAGUUAACUCUUUUGACAGAAAACGUGCUAUUAAAAGAGGUAUUAAGCUCCCACAAAAUCAAACCCAUGUGUUUUUACCAUCAAAAAUCGAAACCAAACGUUCAACAAAAAACAUAGAAAAAAAUCCAAAUAGAUAUAAUAAGAAACCAGAUUCAAAUCUCUAUAAUGUAAAAAGUGAUAACUAA